AUGGGUCGCCAUCGGGGCCCCAAGUUUUCCUUCCCCAUUCCAGGGCGCAAGUCGAGCUCCAAGGUCGACAAGAGCGGCGAUGACCUCACCAAGAUACCUUCCUUUCCCUCCGUCGCAUCACUUCCUUCUGCUUCUGAAAGAUCCCUCCGCUACGACGAGUGCUCAAGCAUAUCUAGCAAGGCCCAGCGCCUACUCGGGACAGCUCCCCCGCCCUUUCGCGCUAUGUCUGGGCAAUCCUCAGUUCCACCCAGCCCUGGUUACAUGAGCAUCACGGUCUCAGAUACUGUAUCGGAAUAUGACGACAGGGCAGCUUCCAUCGCUGGGGAGCACGGUGGAUACCGAGUUCCGAUACGGCCAGCCUUGUCGAACCGCGCAUCGUCCAACCUCAUACCUCCAAACAUCGCAUACGACGACGAGACAAAUUACAGCACUGCUAGUAGGCAUCUACAUCCUACCGCAUCGAAUUCGACGUUGCGCUCACACUAUGAUGCCAAGAGUUCCCCCUUAGCAAUCUCUCAACAGACGUCCGACUCCGCAGUGCGCGACAUGGCUUUACGGAAGGGAUAUCCUCAAAUCAGCUCACACGAUCGUGAACAUGUUCCCAGUCCGCUGGCGCAGGAGAUGGAGGAUGGCAGUAGGAGAGAUAGCCGUCGAGGCAAGCCAGCCCGGCUUGAUCUAUCAAAACUCUUCCCUAAACCAAAGGGCCAAGGAGGACACGAAUUCGGAGCGACCCUCCUUUCGCCGAACAAGCUGGUAAACUCUCCCACAGCAAUGUCGACGGUCUCAGAUUACUUCCCUCGACCCAUGACCCGCGAACCCACUCCGACCCCGAGAACACCUGCAAAGUUAACCAAACCGCAGCCAAAACAGCAAAUACCUGCUCCAUCAGCGCCAAAACUGACAUCUCCUGUCCGGACACAACAACGCGACGUGUACGACAAUGCCAAGAUCAACGUCCGACGUCCUCCGCGAGGUGUGCAGCACUGGUUUGACGCGCUGAGUGACGAUAGCGACGGAGUGGAUGAGGAUGCGGGAGAUACGACGGCUCCUACGUUGCAGCCAGCAAAUCACCCCAGGCAAUAUCCGGCAUCAUCACUGGGCACCGUGAAAACGAAGGAGUCAGCCUUCUCAAAAAACAAUCUGCAAAACUCAAGCGUCCUUUCGUUUUCCUCAUCUGAAGAUGAAGGCGAGCACACUCGUCCUUCUAGACGAAAAGUGUCGGUACGAGAUAGCAUUGAUAUAGGCGAGGAUUCCGGCGAAAUCGUAAUUGGUCAGGCUCAAGCCUUCGAAGUGCGACCCAAUUUCCAUUCCAGGAGACCUUCCGCGGGCAAACUAAGCUUGAUGUCCACGUCAACGAGUACGGCCACCAUAGAGAUGAUGUACACUCCAGAGCCACCAAUCACACCGGUCUACCGAAACUCGUCCAGUAGCAGGCGCGCCAGCCACACGAGACAACCGUCUGUGAUCCCCGAAGUUGAAGAUCAGCGACCACAGACAGCACGUCUUCGUUCUCAGUCUCCUUCCGCGAGAAGUAUACGAACAUCUAAAAGCGAACCUAAAUCUCACGAAGAGAUGCGGAAGUUCAUGGCUGUCACACCUGAGGAAGAGGCGCUCCUUGAAGCCUUGCGUAAGAAGCGGCUUGCCAUGGCACAACAGAAGCAAGGUUACGAGACGACUUCUAAGCAUGAGGAGACCCGUCAACAAACGCCACCGGAGCGCCAUCACCAGAAAGGCUCCCAAUCCUCAGCAUUCUACUCUCGAGAAUCUAUCUCGAACAGUCCUAUACGCAUCGUGGAGACGAAGAAGGCUGGUAGGAAGCCCCAUGCUCCCGAACCGUUGUCGCUGCUUGCUCCACCCCGCGGACGUAUGAUCGCCACCCAGGACUUAAACGUUGGCACAAGUAUACUCCGCGAUAGCUCUUCUUGUGAUCCCCGCUCGGAGCGACACAGAGCUGGCUCUGCUCGCCCUACAUCCCGCCCAAUGCUCUCGCCGCCUGAGUUCUCUCCUCUCGACCUCUUCCCUUCACCAACUCGAACAACGAGUGCGUCAUCACCUACCACCACCGACCAUCCGUCACCCCUACCUUCUCCUUUAACUCCUCGCUUACGCCAUGGCGAAGAUGAUGUAGACGUAAAAGUCGCAAGCAGUGAGCCUUCUUGGAACGGAGAUAGCGAUGACGUUGCCGUGAUCGAGACCGGCAUCAUUGACCCGCCACCUGGCAGCAUCAAGCCUGAGCAAACGCAAGGCCAACAUCAACGUCGUCGGACGGCAUCCAGUGGGGCCGAAGUCCCCUUCUCCCUCCCCACAAAGAUGCCCUCGACUGAAUUCCGCAACCUCACACAAGUCACCGAGAAUUUAUCACAACUGCAGAACCCAUCUGAUCCUCCUCUCGAUCCUCUACCGAAGUUGCCAAAGAAGAGCUCAUUCCGCAAUUCAUCGCUCACACUCACCACGUCAGGCCUCCCGAAGAGUAGGCACAGCAGCAUCGUCUCGAACCGUACUGCCUCUCCCAACCGCUCCGCUUACCCUGACCGUCGGUCAAGUAGACAAGUAAGCCGGGCGGGGAGCAUGGCUAGCAUGAACAGCAUGGCCAGUAUCAAGCGGGACAGUGUCGCCGUCGGCACAGCCAGCACACGCUGCAGCGUCAGUGAAGACGUGCUAGCAGCAUGGGGUAGCCUGGGUGGUCUGCGUGAAUACGACAACGCGCGAUGGUAG